UAGACUGAAAAAGGUUCUGCAUUCCUGGGACACAAGGAGAGACAAAUAUGGAGAUCUGGAGGGAGCUGCUUAUUGUUGGUUCCCCCUGGGAAUUUCCUGGGUUUGGGAAAGCCUUGAGCAAAAUGCCUUCAUGUGUGUGUUGGCCGGGGCGGGGAGGGAGGUUCUGUUGUAGUUGCCCAUUCUCCUUCGUCUCAUCUAGUUGUGAGAGCCUCAUAGAAAAAGGCUAAACUUUUGGUGGCUGAGGGAGCCAAAGAGCAGUUUUGCUUUGUUUUUAAAGUCAGAUAAAUAGAUUAAAGAGCUGUUGUUGUUUCAAAAACUGCUGUGAGAAGGGAUGAAAGAUUGUAAAGUGGGAGGGAAGAAAAUAUGAUUGUGACUCAUGGGAAAAGGGAACCAGCUCUGCCUCGCAGAAAAUGAAAGUUUCCUUUCAGAGAAAAGAGCUGUCAUAUGACAUCUGUAUUUGAGCAGAGAAAUGAGGAAGUGCAAGGAGCACUGAGAGGCUCUGGAGUAGAAAGAGGAUCUCUGGGAAGAAAGACUCGGAGGAAAAGACACAGGCAAGAAAGGGAGAGGCCGAGAGAAUAGGCAGGUAGCCAGGCUGAUAAAGAACUCAGAUCCCAAGACAGGGCUUGCAUGGCCUCGCUGGGGGCCCGAGAGGAGCGGAAGCCCCUCAUAAGGCAGGAGGAGGCCCCUGACAGGUCUGCCACAUCUCCCUUUGAGGGCAGGAAGACUGCCUGUGCUGCUGUGCUGCUGGUGGAGAUUCUGGAGCGAACCGCUUUUUUUGGCAUCGUCUCCAACCUCGUCCUGUACCUCAACAGCAGCAACUUCAACUGGGGCGGCACCCAGUCUUCACGUGCGGCGUUGCUCUUCUUGGGGGCCUCCUACCUGUUUUCGCCUAUCGGGGGCUGGCUUGCAGAUGCUUACCUGGGCCGCUACUGGACCAUCGCAUUCAGCUUCCUGCUCUACUUGCUGUCGGCCUGCCUCCUGCCAGCCGUGGCCUCGCAAGAUAGUCGGCUCUGGCUGUGCGGGGAGAUGCCAACUUACCCAGUACAACCCGCCUGCAAAAAUGGUAGUACGGACUGCAACCAGCAAUUGCCAAGUCAAUAUUGUGCCCCUGUUAUGUACAGUGGUCUACUGCUCCUGGCCCUGAGCAUCAGCUCUGUCAAAGCCAACCUCACACCAUUUGGCGCUGACCAGGUGACGGACCGUGGCCGGGAUGCCACCCGACGUUUCUUCAACUGGUUCUACUGGAGCAUUAAUAUUGGGGCUGUGAUCUCUCUGCUGGUGAUUGCCUUCAUCCAGCAGAAUGUGGACUUCCUUAUUGGCUAUGCUAUCCCUGCUGGCUGCCUGGCCCUGGCCAUCAUCGUCUUCCUCCUGGCUGCCCCCACCUUUGUCACAAAGCCUGCGGCUGGCAGUCAAGUCUACCCCAUGUUCCAGUUGGCCUUCCAGAAAAGCUGCUGUGGCCAAGCAAUCCAGAAAAUGACCACCAAAACCAGAACACAUAGUAACCAGUCAGAAGCCGAGGCUAAUGGCUCACUUUCAGGUCCAAGGACCCAGCCUGUGGGGAUCUCACAUGAGAAUAUUGCCAACUUCCAAGUGAUCAUGAAGAUCCUACCUGUGUUGCUCACCCUCAUCCCGUACUGGAUGGUCUAUUUCCAGAUGCAGUCAACCUACUACCUGCAGGGUCUGCACCUCUACAUCCCCAACAUCUUUCAGAAGAGUCAGUGGAACAACAGUGCUUUCUCAGUGGCCGCAGAUGGCCACUAUACGUUCCCAGAUGCCUGGCUCCUUCUAGCUAAUGUGGUGGUUCUGCUGGUCCUGGUCCCACUAAAGGACAGGGUCAUAGACCCAUUCCUGGCAAAGAGGAAGCUAUUGCCUUCAGCACUGAAGAGGAUGGCUCUAGGCAUGUUCUUUGGGCUUGCCUCAGUUGUUGUUGCAGGUGUUCUGGAGUCUGAGCGUCUGAAAUACGUGAACAACAAUGGGACCAUCUCACAGAGAAUUGGGAAGGAUGUUUACAACGCAGCCCCGCUCUACAUCUGGUGGCAAAUCCCUCAAUACCUGCUCAUUGGAAUCAGUGAAAUCUUUGCCAGCAUUCCUGGGCUGGAGUUUGCCUACUCAGAAGCUCCCAAAUCCAUGCAAGGAGCCAUCAUGGGUCUCUUCUUCUUCAUUUCCGGCGUGGGAUCACUUUUAGGAUCUGGCCUCCUGACAUUGCUCUCUCUGCCGGCCGAUGGCUGGAUGCACUGCCCAGAGGAUUUCGGGAACAUUAACAAAUGUCGGAUGGAUUAUUAUUUCUUCCUGCUGGCCGGGAUUCAGACAGUAACCUGUGUCCUCUUUGUCUGGAUCUCCAUCCGCUAUGAGCGCCUCCGCUCUGCUGGCCGCGAGGGCAACUAACACCCUCUGCCUUCUUCUUCCACCGGACUGCAAAGAGGCGCCAGAGUCCCCUGGAUCUCAGCUUGCUGCAGAAUCCCCACCACUGUAGCCUAUAUGGUUAACUGCUGGGACGUUGCGGAGGCCAAUGGUAUAUAAAAGGAUUAGAGAAAUUAAUUGGGGAUAGAGCCGUCAGUGGCAGCCAGCCAAAGACGACAACCGCACGUUCAAAGUGUCAUUAACGUCUUAGUUCUUGAAGCUGAGCCCGGGGAGCCCAAAUUAAUUAUCCCGGGAUAUAAGCCACUGUGACUAAGUCACACGGACCCGUUCUCUGACCUGGCAAAGCUGCUCUCGCUCCUGUGAGUACUUAACAUUCCUUUUGCAGCUCAGCUGUCCUUUUUGGUGGGGGGAUUAAACCCCAAAAUAAGAGAAGAGUUCUCCCUGUAUCUCUCCUCCCUCUACCCCUCCCCCCUCAUGCCCAAGCCAAUGACAAGACCAUUCUAUCUUUAAGCCACUGUGCAGCCUUCUUGAAAGUCACCUCCUCGGGGAAAUUAUUCUCUCUGGCCAAGGGUGUAGCAAAUGGAGAUGUGGCUGGUGAUGGGUUAAGACAUCAAAUAUAUACAGCAAAGCUUUUCACACAACGAAAUCUGGUGUGGAGGGAUCCACAGUCCUCUUCUGAGAAUGGACAUGGCCUUUAAGGUGUGCACCAUCCAUUACUAAGAGCCAGUUUUGUCACAGAGAAAACAACACCUGUUGCCCUGCUUCUGGGGAGCAUGGCUUCUGUUGCAUGAAAAAACGAAAGUGGCAGGCCUGGGAUUUGAAGAGCACAACAGUGUUAAUGGGAUGGGCCCAGAGAAGAUGGAAAGGAAUGGCACUUGUGGAAUGGGGACUUCCUGACUGCUCCCUCCCACCUCAUGGCAGCCCUUAGACACAAACAUCCAGCAAUGGCAGGAGGUGGGGUAUGGCAGGGACUGCAAUGGGACAGGGAAAUCAGAGGAAUCUGACAGGGGUGUCUUGGGGAAGUUUUUAGUACUUUAAGACCUCUGUGGAUCCAAGCACUUGUAUUUUGAACUUAUGCAAUGUGAACCUAUGUCACUUCAUUCUACAUGUGGGGAAUACAGGGAUAGAAUUAUGUUGUGGAAUGGAAACAUCGGUCACUUUCAAUUAAAAAAACAAUCACCCAA